GACUUCGAGCUAGCGAGGCAUUGACGUCAUAAAAAAAAAUUUCCAGUUUGAGCUGACGAGGACCAAGAAUAUACUUUAUAUGUUGUGGUCAUUAUUUAUAUUCAGGAAAUCUGAUGACUGAAAGGAAUAUACAACUAUUGACUUGCAGUGAUUAAUAUACAGUCAUUGAAUAUUCACCAAACCAAGAAUUUUAUAAAACUUUUAUCAAGACGUCAACGGACAAAGACGAUCGCCAUUUUUUGCCAGGAUGAAGGAAAUUGCCACAAUGGCACAGUUUACCGUGUCUGAUGUCACAGGUUUAGCUGAAUUAGCUCACAGAGAAUAUCAGGCUGGUAAUUAUGAGAAUGCAGAACAGCUUUGUAUGCAGUUAUGGAGACAAGAACCAGACAACACAGGAGUCCUUUUGUUACUUAGUUCUACACAUUUCCAGUGUAGAAGACUGGACAGAUCGGCUUACUUCAGUCAGCUUGCCAUUAAACAGAACCCAAUGUUAGCAGAGGCAUAUUCUAACCUUGGCAAUGUUUACAAAGAGAGGGGACAACUACAGGAGGCUUUGGAGAACUACAGACAUGCUGUUAGACUGAAGCCUGAUUUUAUUGAUGGAUAUAUUAACUUGGCAGCAGCCCUUGUAGCUGCUGGAGACUUGGAACAGGCAGUACAAGCUUAUGUCACAGCAUUACAAUAUAAUCCAGAUUUAUAUUGUGUGAGGAGUGACCUUGGGAAUCUACUAAAGGCAUUAGGAAGACUAGAUGAGGCUAAGGCUUGUUAUUUGAAGGCCAUAGAAACACAACCAAGCUUUGCUGUGGCUUGGAGUAAUUUGGGAUGUGUGUUUAAUGCUCAAGGUGAAAUAUGGUUAGCAAUUCAUCAUUUUGAGAAGGCAGUAGCAUUGGAUUCCAACUUCUUAGAUGCUUAUAUCAACCUGGGAAACGUGUUAAAAGAAGCAAGAAUAUUUGAUAGAGCUGUAGCUGCCUACUUGAGGGCAUUGAAUUUGAGUCCAAAUCAUGCAGUUGUACAUGGAAAUCUGGCUUGUGUUUAUUAUGAACAAGGAUUAAUAGAUCUUGCCAUAGAUACCUACAAAAGAGCCAUAGAGUUACAACCAAACUUCCCUGAUGCUUAUUGUAACCUUGCCAAUGCAUUGAAAGAAAAGGGAAAGGUUGUUGAUGCUGAAGAAUGUUAUAACACAGCAUUAAAGUUAUGUCCCACACAUGCAGAUUCUCUGAACAACCUGGCAAACAUCAAACGAGAACAAGGUUUAACUGAGGAUGCAGUCAAGUUAUACAUGAAGGCUUUAGAGGUCUAUCCAGAGUUUGCUGUAGCCCAUUCUAACUUAGCCAGUGUACUACAACAACAAGGCAAAUUACAUGAAGCACUAUUACAUUAUAAAGAAGCCAUCAGGAUAUCCCCGACAUUUGCUGAUGCCUAUUCUAACAUGGGUAACACAUUGAAAGAGAUGCAAGACAUACAAGGUGCAUUACAAUGUUAUACCAGAGCUAUACAGAUUAACCCAGCGUUUGCUGAUGCUCAUAGCAAUUUGGCAUCCAUACAUAAAGAUUCAGGAAAUAUACCAGAAGCUAUAUCAUCCUACAGAACUGCUCUGAAGUUGAAGCCAGACUUUCCUGAUGCCUAUUGCAACUUAGCACAUUGUUUACAAAUUGUGUGUGAUUGGAGUGACUAUCCAUCUAGAAUGAAACGUCUUGUACAGAUUGUCCAGGAUCAGUUGGAGAAGAAUCGCUUGCCAUCAGUACAUCCACAUCAUAGCAUGUUGUACCCACUGUCUCAUUCAAUGAGGAAAGCUAUAGCUGCCAGACAUGCUAAUCUCUGUCUAGAAAAGAUAAAUGUACUACAUAAACCUCCCUUUGAGCACCCUAGUUCACACAUAGAUCGUAGUGGCAGACUAAAGGUUGGCUAUAUCAGCUCAGACUUCUGUAAUCAUCCUACAUCACAUCUCAUGCAGAGUAUCCCAGGAAUGCAUGACAAGAGGGAAGUGGAGAUAUUCUGUUACUCCUUAAGUCCAGAUGACGGAACAACAUUCAGAAACAAGAUUGCUAGUGAAGCUGAACAUUUCAUUGAUCUAUCACAGGUUCCAUGUAAUGGUAAAGCUGCAGAUAGGAUAUACGCAGAUGGUAUCCAAAUACUGGUAAACAUGAAUGGUUAUACAAAAGGAGCUAGAAAUGAAUUGUUUGCUUUGAAAGCAGCUCCUAUACAGGUGAUGUGGCUUGGAUAUCCCGGUACAAGUGGUGCAUCAUUUAUGGAUUAUAUUCUUACUGACGAAGUGACAUCACCUAUACAUCUAGAAGAUCAAUAUUCUGAGAAGUUAGCCUUUAUGGACAAUACAUUCUUUAUUGGAGAUCAUCAGCAAAUGUUCCCUCAUAUCAAGAACAAGAUACUUAUAGAGUCAAAUGGCAAAGUGUCUGACAACAGUAUAAUAUUGAAUGGUGUAGAUCUUGAACCUCUCAAAAGAACAGGAGAUGUUAAGAGAGUGGUAUAUGAGGCAGAACAUGGGGAGACAACUGAUGAAGACGAUGGAUCACCUGCCAAGGUCGCAUUUGAAAUCAUGGAUUUACCUGUACAGAGUAUUCUUCAGACCAUGAUCCAGACAGGACUGUCUCAUUCUAUGAUAAAUGACAUUGUCAUCCAGAAUGGUGUCACUACAAACCAAACAAACAAUAAAGCUGCCACUGGAGAGGAAAUCCCCCAAAAUAUCAUUAUAAGUGCUCGUAGUCAGUACAGUUUACCAGACGAUGCUGUUGUUUACUGUAACUUUAACCAGUUAUAUAAGAUAGAUCCAGCUACACUGGACAUGUGGAUAGAGAUUCUAAAGAACGUUCCUGACAGUAUAUUAUGGUUAUUACGAUUCCCAGCUGUGGGAGAAGCUAAUGUUGUCAAGAGAGCAACAGCUAGUGGUUUGAAUGCUGAUAGGAUUGUCUUCUCUCAUGUUGCUCCAAAGGAGGAACAUGUACGCCGAGGUCAGUUGGCUGAUGUAUGUCUGGAUACACCAUUGUGUAAUGGUCAUACAACUGGAAUGGAUGUAUUAUGGGCAGGAACACCUAUGGUCACAUUACCAGGUGAAACACUUGCUUCCAGAGUAGCAUCAUCUCAGCUGCAUGCAUUAGGAUGUGCUGAAUUAGUAGCCAAAAAUAGGGAAGAUUACAUCAAAGUUGCAACAAAACUUGGUGCAGAACCUCAAUAUUUGAGAAAGAUGAGAGCUAAAGUUUGGAAGGGAAGAACAGCAAGUCCCUUGUUUAGCAUUAGGAAAUAUGCUUACAGUAUGGAGAAAUUAUUUAAAGAAAUGUGGAGAAAAUAUGAAAAUGGUGAAGAAGUAGAUCACAUCACUCAUACAUAAACUUGUAGUGCUUCACGACAUAAGUGUGUAGUGCUUCGUGACAUUGAGAGUGCUUUUUCUGUGUCCUGAACAUUGUAUAUAUGUGACAUUCUAUAUAUUUCAGUGUAAAUAACCCCCCUCUGUAUGGAUAGUUUUUUUAGUGUACUUUAUAUGUAUAUAAGUGUGCUCAUCAGUUCAUUACACAUGUACAGUUUGUAUAGGCAUUUAAUCAUUGUAUAUAUCAGAAAUGUUACAUUUCACUUUCUAUCAUAAUUUGAAUUUUGAUUUUUACAAAAUUCAAGAAAAUUAGAUAUUUGAAUAGAUGUUUUUUAACAAAAUUUAAGCUUAUGUUUGCAGAGUUUAUUUGUAGUUUAAACGUAAAAGAAAAUAUUAUAAACAAAUUUUUAUUUCAUUUGAGGCAUAUUUGGCAUAGUUGAUAGGAUAGUUAGAUUAAUAUACAUAGCAUUGAAAUGAUAAUUCUUGGUAAUUGUUGACAAACAUUUUAUUAUGCAAUAGUUGUUAUUUUAUUGUGCACAUUUUAGCUAGUAAUUGUACAUAAAGGGAAAUACAAUUUUCCUGCAAUGCCUGAUGUAGAUGUUAAGUGGCAAGUUUUUAUCAGAAUGCUUGGCAUUAUAUAUAUUGUUAUACCUUAUUUAUUGAAGGAUGAACGAUCACUGUCUGCAGAAAUAUAAAAAAGGAUAAAAACAAAAUUA